AUGGAAGACGGUGGUUCCUCUGAUGCUAGGAAGCCAGAGUCAGUGGCUAGCAGUAGCUCGCCUGCUUUGCAUCCCACCACGGCCUACGAUCUCUCUGAAACGGAAGAGACGCUAAACUCGCCUGAUACAUUUUACUCGCCGCCUGCCUCACCUGGGCGUCUGUCGCGCAACCCGUCCUUUUCGUACCAUGAUGACUGGGAGACAUUUCCGCCUCUAGACCAACUGACGGUGUUCGACCUGCUUGAUAACCUCUCUCUGUCACAAAGGCUGGAAAGGCUGCAGCGAGCACUCAACGCGCAAAAGGACAAAGUCAAGAGACAACGCGAGAAGCUCAAGCACACUUCCAUUAACGCGAAGGAACGUGUUGUGGGCGAAUGGAAGAGACGGGUUCCAACAGCCGAUGAGCAGUUAGACAAGUACCGCCGUCGCAUGAAAGAUGGCGUGGAACGCCUGGGGAAACAGUGGAACGCGACCGCUACUGUGACACUACGUGAGAAGAUCUCUUUCAUCGCUGGUGUUAUGAACAUCCUCGUGAGCGGCUACCUCCUUGGAGGGUUCCCUGAGUACUUCUACAUCUGGUUCAGCGUGCAGCUGGCCUACUUCAUGCCUAUCAGAUACUACCGGUAUCACAAAAAGGGCUACCACUAUUUCUUGGCUGAUCUAUGCUACUUUGUCAAUGUGCUCUGUAUGCUCAGCCUCUGGGUUUUCCCUGGCUCGAAGAGGCUGUUUAUCAGCACCUUUUGCUUGGUAUUCGGCAACAACGCCGUUGCGAUUGCCAUGUGGCGCAACUCGAUGGUUUUCCACAGUAUGGACAAGGUGGUCAGUCUGUUUAUCCACAUCAUGCCACCCGUUUCCUUGCAUUGUCUCGUCCAUAUGACGUCAGCGGAGACGCUGCGAGAUCGAUUCCCAGCGAUCUACGAGAUCAAGUUCAGUGAACCGGGUUCGCCCAAUCAUUUCAACCUCCUGGAAAUGAUGGGAUGGGCAACAGUGCCUUACGUGAUUUGGCAGCUGACGUACCACUGUUUUAUCACUGUUCGUCGUGCCGAGAAGAUUGCUGCAGGACGUCCGACCAGCUUCACUUGGCUCCGCAAGUCGUAUGCCAAGACCUGGAUCGGCAAAGUCGUCCUGAGCCUCCCCGAAUCGCUCCAGGCUCCGGCUUUUAUGCUGAUUCAGUAUUUGUACGCGAUAUUGACCAUGAUCCCCUGCCCUCUGUGGUUUUGGUCUCGGUGGGCGAGUGGUCUUUUCCUCACCGGUCUUUUCAUUCUCAGCGUUCACAACGGCGCAACAUACUAUAUUGACGUCUUCGGCAAGCGCUUCCAGAAGGAGUUGGAAGAGCUGAAGAAGGAUGUCGCUCGUUGGCAAUCGUCCCCGGAAGGGGUUUCCAGCCCGACGCUUCUGUCAUCUGACAAUGCUGCGACAGUCGGGGCCAAGGGUCUCGAGGAAUCAGCCAGUGGCGGAUCUGACAAAGUCGGCAUUGGCCAGAUCCCUCUUCUUGAUGCGCAAUCGACUGGUGUAGAGAGCGGCCAAGCUGCCGAUAACUCUGGGAUCCGGGAAAGGUCUUGA